AGUCUCAUUCUAUCAGUGCCGACAAAAAUGAUCUCACUGAUAGUCUUCACUGCAAUAGUAGCAACGAUUGGAUAUUUAUAUAUAAAAUUUAAAUUGACGUACUGGAAACGAAUUGGAUUAGAACAAAUAGAGCCCGUACAUCUAAUAUAUGGAAAUGCUAAAGAUUUUAUCACGAGGAAUUCCUCUUUUGGUGAUUGUCACACAAAGCUAUACAACAACUUUAAGUCCAGAGGGCUGAAGCAUGGUGGAAUCUACGUCAUGUUAAGACCUACAUACAUGCCUCUGGAUCUGGAUAUCAUCAAAAAUAUUUUGCAGAAAGAUUUCAACAACUUUGUGAAUCAUGGGUUUUACGUUAAUGAAGAAGUUGAUCCUUUGACGGGACAUCUUUUCGCUUUAGAGGAUGAUAAAUGGAGAAGAUUGAGGACAAAGUUAACUCCAACGUUUACUUCUGGCAAAAUGAAGAUGAUGUUUUCUACAAUGGUGGCAUGUACCGAAGGCCUAAGGGAAAUCCUCACGAGUUACGCUAAACUACAAGAUGCCGUCGACAUGAAAGAAGUAGCGUCGAGAUUCACCACAGAUGUUAUUGGAUCCGUUGCUUUUGGUAUCGACUGCAACAGUCUGAAGAAUCCCGAUUCGGAAUUUAGACAAUUUGGAAGAAAAAUAUUCACUCAAACAACUUGGACAAGGAUAAGAAGUGUUUUAGCUACGACAAUACCGAGACAUUUUCUAACCAUGAUUAAAUUCAAACAAAUGAAUCCAGAGGUUGAAGAUUUCUUUAUGGGUGUAGUAGAUAGUACUGUUAAUUAUAGGGAAAAGAAUAAUAUUUAUAGAAAAGAUUUCAUGCAUUUACUACUACAGCUAAAAAAUAGGGGAAAAGUUGCUGAUGACCAUUUGAUAUUUAGCGAAGAAGAUAGUAAAACCGCCGAUGGGCAUUUUCUUACUUUUAAUGAACUAGCUGCACAAUGCUUUGUAUUUUUCAUUGCUGGUUUUGAAACAUCAGCAACUACAAUGACGUUUGCGCUUCUGGAGCUAGCUUUGAAUCCAGAUAUUCAAGAAAGUUUAAGACAAGAAAUUACUUCUGUAUUAAAAAAACACGACAAUCAAGUUACGUAUGAAGCUGUCAUGGAUAUGCAUUACCUGGAUAAAGUUAUACAUGAAACUCUACGGAAGCAUCCACCAUUACCAGGUACUCCAAGAAUGUGUAACAAAGAAUACCAAGUUCCUGGCACAGAUGUCGUCUUAGAAUUGGGCACUAAAGUACAUAUACCUUUCCAAGCCAUCCACAGGGAUCCGGAAUAUUAUCCAGAUCCGGAAAAAUUUGACCCAGAAAGAUUCAGCGAGGAAAAUAAAGCCAAAAGACACCCGUUUGCGUUUAUUCCUUUUGGAGAAGGACCCAGGAUCUGUAUAGGUGCAAGAUUCGGAAUGUUACAGGCUAAAGUUGGAGUUGCUUCUGUCAUUAAAAACUUCAAUGUAACACUGAAUAAGAAGACAAAAGUUCCAAUUAAAUACACUACAAAGAGUUUUAUUACUGCUAUAGACGGAGAUGUAUGGUUGACGAUGGAAGAAUUAUCGUAAAUUUUAAAAACUAGUAGUAGCUUUUAAACUGUUUAGAAAUAUUUUUCAUUUUAUAUUAAAAAAAAAAUAAACUAAUUUUAUAUUUUAAAAAUUUUGUAUUUAUUUUGUAAAAUUAAAAUAAAAAUUU